AUGGCCUGCUUGCGAAUUACUGUGUUUGUGCCAGUGAAGGCAAUGACAAUGACUAUUUUGAUGUCAGUUAUUUUUGUAUUGUCUUUUAAGACAGGAUUUGGUCUGAAACAGACUGGCACUUGUAGGCCUUUUUGUACUGGGAGUGACUGCAUAACUGUAAUCCAAGACAGGGUGGAUUUUAAAACAGCUGAGGAAGCAUGCCGUGACAGGAAUGGAGAACUAGUGACAUUUCAGUCUGGGACAGAUAAGAACAUCCUUAACAUUUUGAGUCAAGAAUUGUAUGGAAACUUCUGGAUUGGACUGUGUUUACCAGCUGGCACCUGCAGCAACCUCUCAGCUCCACUGAGAGGCUACGAGUGGACCACUGGCAGUAUACACCAGAGCUUUAUUCCGUCCUUCAGCACCUGGGAAGACAGUGUUAAAGUCUGCUCUCCACACUGUGUGUCCCUUUCAAACGAUCAAAAGUGGACAGAGAGGCUGUGCUCGGACAAAACUGAUGGGUUUCUGUGCAAAACAAAGCACAAAGACGCAUGCCGGGCACAAGGAUUAUCAGAUCCAAAUGUUUUCCAGAGCUCCAAAGGCUGUUCAGGUGGCCCCUGUGAACAUAUAUGCACAGAUGUAAAAGGAGGUUAUAAAUGCUCUUGUUUCAAAGGAUAUAUCCCAGACAGCAAAGAACCCAAGCGGUGCAAAACCCACUGUGCACAACAUAAAUGCCCUGUGAUAUGUGAGGGAAACACAUGCUUCUGCCCUGAAGGCUUUAUAAUUACUGAUAACUUUUGUGAGGACAUUGAUGAAUGUGACAUGGGUGAAUGUGAUCAAGAGUGUAAAAACACUUUUGGAAGUUUUGUGUGCUCCUGCAGAAAAGGAUUUAUACUUCAAGAUCAAGUCAAAUGCAUCAAAGCAGAGGACAGUGAAAGUUUUGUGAUCACAACCCCUGUCGCCAUAGGUUUUGUUAAACCAGCCGCUAAUAAUAAUACACUGAAGGGUUCUUCUGCUGGUGGUUUUCUCUGGCUGUAUUUUGUUGCUGUGGCUGUGGUAGUGUUUAUAUUUGUUCUAAGGUUUUAUGUUGUUAAGCGUCAGAAGUGCAGACAACAAAACUCCAAUCAACAGUCUGCCGCUCCUGUGGACAAUAAUGAGUGUUCGGUCCAGUCCAUAAAAGGAUGAACACUAACCCCACUGGUCCCUUUAACAUUCACAGUUUGAGAGACUUGUCCAUUACAUUUAUCAGAUGGCUGCUGCAGGUAACUUCUCAGGAUAAACUGUUUUGAUUCAGGUCUCUGAUUUUUGAAUGAAGGUAAUGCAUUUUAAAAUAUCAAUAUUAUAACAAAUUUAAUAUAUAGGAUUAUGUUAAUGUUGUUGGUGUCCCAGGUGCAGCUGAGAGUUAAUUUGAUAUACUAUUUGGUAGUUGAUAAAUCUGAACUGUCAGACAAUCAGCAGCAGUUGACAGCAGUCAAGCAAAAAGUAAAAUGGAGUUGAGAAGAGAAAAGUCUCACAAAAUGGAAAUCCUAAGGGAAAGCGCCAGUGCCUUUAAAUGUUACUUCCAUUCAUUACCUGAGUAAACGUACUGUGUUCUUUUCAGCACUGACUGUUUCUUUAUAGAAUGAACAUUAAUUUUUGUGCAUGUGCAUUUAACUGUUUGUAAAAUAUGAGUUUUGAAGUACAAGAGUGAAAUGGUCUUUAAUGUAGGACAAUAGAUUUCAUGUGUCAUUUUGUGGUCAUUUAUGUAACGUGUCAUGAAAUUAAAAUCUAAAUUCAUUCAUUCGUAACAACAA